UUUCAUCAUCGUCAUCAUCUGUCUCCCCCCGCUUCAAUAAUCUCCCAUACCAACCACAGCAAAUUAAGCAGUACUCGCUCAUUGGUAUAAUGUGAUCUGCUAAAGAUAAGCACAAAGAGCGAGACCCGCACUUUCCUACAUCUCUCCCCCUUCAAUUCUUUUUCUUUCUUUCUGUUUUUUUUUCAUCGUAAAGCACCUUUUGAGAGAAUGUCGGCGACGAGGUCGGCUCCGGCGCCGACUUCUACUGCGCUCGCCGUUUUCGCGUCGCUGUUGCUUCUGGUGGGGCCCACCUCCGCGGGCGACCCCUACGCCUACUUCGACUGGGACGUCUCCUACGUCUCCGCCGCCCCUCUCGGCGUCAAGCAACAGGUGAUAGGAGUCAAUGGUCAAUUCCCCGGCCCCAUAGUCAACGUCAGCACCAACUGGAACGUUGUGGUCAACGUCCUCAACGACCUCGACGAGCCUCUUCUCAUUACUUGGAACGGGAUCCAGCACCGCAAGAAUUGCUGGCAGGACGGGGUGCUCGGCACGAAUUGCCCGAUCCCGUCCGGCUGGAACUGGACUUACCAGUUCCAGGUGAAGGACCAGAUCGGCAGCUUCUUCUACUUCCCCUCCUUGAACUUCCACCGGGCCGCCGGCGGGUACGGCGGCAUCAUCGUCAACAACCGCGACGUCAUCGCCGUGCCCUUCGACAAGCCCGAUGGCGACUUCACCGUUUUCAUCGGCGAUUGGUACAACAAGGACCACAAGGAUCUGCGAAAGGCGCUGGAUGACGGGAAAAGCCUCGGGAUGCCCGAUGGCGUCCUGAUAAAUGGCAAGGGCCCGUAUCGGUACAAUAAGACUCUCGUUCCCGCCGGUAUUGAUUAUGAGACCAUCAAUGUUCAUCCCGGCAGAACAUAUCGGUUCCGUGUGCACAAUGUGGGCAUCUCCACCAGCCUAAACCUCAGAAUCCAGAACCACAACAUGCUUCUCGUCGAGACGGAAGGAUCGUACACCGUGCAGCAGAACUACACCAACCUUGAUAUCCAUGUCGGGCAAUCGUACUCGUUUUUGGUCACGAUGGACCAAAAUGCGAGCAGUGACUACUACAUUGUGGCGAGUGCGAGGUUCGUGAAUGAGUCGCUUUGGCGAAGAGUCACCGGUGUCGCCAUCCUGCGUUACUCUAACUCCAGAGGCAAAGCAUCCGGUCCUCUUCCCGACCCCCCGCAAGAUUUAUAUGAUAAGACGUAUUCGAUGAAUCAAGCAAGAUCUAUCAGGUGGAAUUUAAGCGCUGGCGCUGCACGUCCUAAUCCUCAAGGAUCUUUCAGAUACGCUUCGAUCAAUGUGACGCAGCAGUACUUAUUGAGAAAUGAGCCCCCAGUGAUGAUCAACGGGGAGCGUCGAGCGACGCUUAAUGGGAUUUCUUACUCUCCGCCGGAAACGCCACUCAGGCUCGCCGACCAGUAUACGGUGAAGGGAGUUUACACACUCGAUUUCCCCACGAGGCCGCUCAAGGGAUCACCAAAGCUUGCAAGAUCUGUUAUCAACGGCACCUACAGGGGGUUUAUGGAAAUCAUAUUUCAGAACAACGAUACCAAUGUUCAGACUUACCACAUGGACGGAUAUGCGUUUUUUGUUGUCGGAAUGGACUACGGGGAGUGGACGGAGGAUAGUAGAGGAACGUAUAACAAAGGGGAUGGAGUCGCACGCUGCACGACACAGGUUUUCCCUGGCGCAUGGACGGCCAUCCUAGUUUCAUUGGACAAUGUGGGCAUCUGGAAUGUGCGCGCCCAAAAUCUUGAUACUUGGUAUCUCGGGCAGGAAGUGUAUGUAAGAGUUGUAAAUCCAGAAGAUACGAACAAAACAGAAUUGCCGAUUCCUGGCAACGCGUUGUAUUGCGGCCUCCUUCAAAAGUAUCAGAAAGAACAAGUACCACACCACAGGGUAAAGUCGUCUUCCGGAAUUAUCUACGCCGAGGGAAAAUUUGUCAUUUUGAUGCUGUUCUUGGUUGCAAUCGCAACGUUCACGUAAAAUUUCCAGUUCCUUCGAAAUUAUGACUUAAUUGGGUGGAUUUUGGUCAAAGAUUAAUUCAGACCGGAAUUCCAGCUGCUGUUUUUUUUUCCUUUUUUUCAGACCAUAUGUUUCGUUGUGUUACUUGGAUUCGGCCCAUUUGUUUUCAGUUUGGGUUCUGGAAGGACAGAUCAUUCUUUUGUGUCUGAUUUUUAGCUGUUAUUAGUCGAUUUGUUUGACUACUUGUAAAAUAUUUUGCUGCUAUAUGUCAAGUGACUCUGCAAUAUGAAUUUAUCAUCUUCUUUUUAAAA